GCCAGCAGAGGGGAUCGCGCGCAUUAACGAGAUCAAGGGUCGGGAUUUCAACAAGCCUCUGUCCUCCUCUCCCUCUCUCUCCCCCCCUCCCGCCCUCUCUCCCUCCCCGCAUCCCACGCUCCUGCUACCUGCCGUCUCCUCCUCUCUGGCUCCGGCAGUCUCCGCGCUACGAGCCCACCAAGUCAUCGCCGUCCCCACCGACACCAUCUAUGGCUUUGCUGCUGACGCGCGGUCAGCAGAGGGGGUCGCGCGCAUCUAUGAGAUCAAGGGCCGAGAUUUCAACAAGCCUCUGGCGAUCGCGGUGGCGGACAUUGCUGAUGUGGCAGUGUAUGCAGAGACCGAGCACCUGCCGCCCGGGCUGCUGCCGGCACUGCUGCCAGGCCCAUCAUUUCUCGUGUACCCGCACUCCCCUCAUUCUCCCAUUCCCCCCAUCCCCCCCAUUCCCCUCAUUCCCCGCAUUCCCCCCAUUCCCCGCUCCACUCAUUCUCCCAUUCCCCCUCCCAUCCACCAAACCCCUUCCUCCCCCCCCCUCACACCCCCCCCCUCCCCCCCUUCUCCUUUUCCCUCCCAGGUCCUACCUCCCCGAUACACCCCUCGCUCACCCGCACAGUCCCCUCCAUCGCGACGCAUCCCCGCUUCGCCCUUCAUCCGCGCUCUCGCGCGCCUGCUCUUUGCGCCGCUCGCCCUCACAUCUGCCAACCUCUCAGGCCACCCGUCCGCCAUUGCAGCAGGGGAGUUUAGGGCACUCUGGGGGAUGUGUGCGGCGGUGGUGGACAGGGGGGAGCAGGCAGAGGAGAUGCGGCAAGGGUCGACAAUUGUAGAGCUGGUGCUGCUGGGGCAGUUCAAAGUGAUCCGGGGGGGCAGGGCACCCCAGGGAGAGCAGCAGGCAGGGGGGCAGCCGAGGGUGCCCGGGGCACCCCAGGGAGAGCAGCAGGCAGGAGGGCAGCCGAGGGUGCCCGGGGCACCCCAGGGAGAGCAGCAGGCAGGAGGGCAGCCGAGGGUGCCCGGGGCACCCCAUGGAGCGCAGCAGGCAGGAGGGCAGUCGAGGGUGCCCGGGGCACCCCAGGGAGAGCAGCAGGCAGGGGGGCAGCCGAGGGUGCCCGGGGCACCCCAGGGAGAGCAGCAGGCAGGGGGGCAGCCGAGGCCAAGGGUGCCCGGAGCACCCCAGGGAGCGCAGCAGGCAGGGGGGCAGCCGGGGGUGACCGGAGCACCCCAUGGAGCGCAGCAGCCAGGGGGGCAGCCGGGGGUGACCGAAGCACCCCAGGGAGAGCAGCAGUUGGGGGGGCAGCCGGGGGUGACCGGAGCACCCCAGGGAGCGCAGCAGGCAGGGGGGCAAUCGAUGGACGGCCGGGAGCAGCAGUUGGAGGAGUGGAUCCGACUUUUGGAGUUUGAUACCCCCAUGGCGACUGCGGAGGAGUCAGAGGCGGACAGAGAACCUCCCAAGCCGCAUUCCCCAUGCCCCCGUUUUCCGUAUGACACAUGUUUUCACACUUUCGCUAUGCGAGGGGCCGCUGCAAACCACAUGAGGGUAUGCCGGGCGGCUGAUGUGGAGAGGCGUGCACAAGCUCUCGGCUCGAUCCCGUCUUUGGUGGAGACCGACACGCAGGAGCGACCGACGCCGCGGGAAUUUGUCAUGGGAAUGGGAAACAUUUUUCAGUGUGGAGGCGGUUGGAGGGAGGACAGUGCGCCGGAUCCCACAGCGGGCCCGAUCGGGGGUCUUAGACGCACUCUGUUGCAUCUUAAAGCAUUUGAAGAGCCAACCGGGAGAUGA